GGCCGAAUAUCACACGAGCGUUAUCGUCCCUGGAGGUCAGCAGACGACAACAACAAUGGCGGAUGGCGAUAAGGCCAUAGAGAAUGAAGCUGACAAAUUAAGAGUAGCUUUUCAUGGCAAAUACAGUGUUUCAGAUUUUGUGGAGAAGAAGUUGUAUGACCAAAGAGAUAUUGACAAUAUAAAAAGUAAUGAUUUAUAUGUACAACAGUUCAUUAGGAAAACAGAACCUAUAACUGAGGCUGCAGACAGAUUACACGAAGCAUUGAAAUGGAGGAAAGAAUGUGGGAUCAGAGAUGCCACAGAAGAAUCAUUUCCUCGAUGGGCUUUGGAGAGAGGUGCAAUAUAUUUUCAUAAUGUAGAUAAAGAUGGUAAAAAGUUGUUAUUUGUGAGAGUGAAAGAACAUAAGAAAGAUGCCAGCGUUUUACCAGAUAUUAAGAGGUUCUUUGCCUACCACCUAGAAACACAGUAUAAUGAAGAUCCACAUUCAGAAAUCACACUUGUAUUUGAUAUGGCUGAUGCAGGCUUAUCUAAUUUAGAUAUGGACCUGAUUAAGUUUGUUAUUACAUGUUUCAAGGUUUAUUAUCCAUCUCUUUUAAAUGUCAUGUUAAUUUAUGAAAUGCCUUGGUUGUUUAAUGCUGCUUGGAAAAUUAUAAAGACAUGGUUAAGUGCUGAGGCUGUCAAGAAGAUAAAAUUUAUAACCAGAAGUGAUGCACAAGCAUAUAUUAACAAAGAUCAACUAUUAGAACACAUGGGUGGAACAGAUAAAUUCCAAUUCCGUUAUUUAACUCCAGAGGAAAGAUUAGAGGAAGAAAAUAAAGCAAAUAGAAAGAAGGUUACGUUUGCUGAUGUGGAUAAAUCACCAGUAGACUCUUCCCCAGAUAAUCUUAAUAAUUCUGCACCAACCAAGCAGAUAACUUUGAAGAUUACGCAAACUAGUCCAAAUAAAUCCAGUUUUAAAAGUCCCCACCAAAGAAGAACAGAAGACAAUAGUUUUAUUGGUAGACUGUUAACCAUCAGUCCUGGUGAUGAACUAUUAUUCACAACAGAUGAAACAGGAAAAGAAACAUUUGAUGUUAUUUCACUGAAAAAUACUCUUCCAUAUGCAAUUGCAUACAAGGUAAAAACCACCUCUCCAGAGAAAUACAGAGUAAGACCAAGUGCUGGAAUUGUCAAGGCUGGUUCAACUGUGGAUGUUCAUGUGUAUCUACAGCAAGGUUAUAACACAGUAUCAAAAGACAAGUUUCUGAUCAUGGCUAUGGAGUUGACCAGUGAUUCUGCUGAUAAUUUACAACAGCUUUGGAAAACAGUUCCUAGAGAAAAUAUCAUGGAACAUAGAUUAAAGUGUAGUCAAGUACACAAGAAUGGAUCACAGGCCAGUAUAGCUUCCAGUGCUUCAUCAUUAGACCAAGUAGACAAGCUUAAUACCAAGAUGGACCAGUUAAUGGAAAGUAACAGAAAGUUGGAACAAACUGUUAGAAUGAUGUUUAUAGUACAAAUAUUAUUUUUAAUACUCAUUCUGAUGUAUUAUGUAAUUUCAUAUUUCUUUCCAUCAUCUUUGCCCCCUCCGGCUCCAAAGGGCAAUAUUUCAGAUUAUUGUGCUGGAAGCAAUUUAUUUUAGUUUUAAAUGUUUGUUUUUUUUUUAUUAUGAAUAGAUUUGCUAUAAAAAGAAACAAAAGAAAAAGAGCAUUAAUGACAUUGAAUAAUAUAUAUAUUCAAAGUUUUAUAUUUUUUUUUAAUUAAAGAAGACAUUUUAUUUUAAAUAUUGAUAGAAAUGACUCGUUUUACUCAGGUUACUAGUCUAACGUCUACAAAAUUAAAUACACAAAGUUUAAAAAUACCAUUGAUUGAUUGUACUUUGUAUUUGAUUGUGUUUUGGCCUAUUAUUUCACUCCUGUUUAAACUAAUUAUUUUGCCGAUAAAGAUUCACAAAUGUUCUGGGUUUUUUUAAAGGCUUAGUCAAACAUAUGGCAAUCAGUAUGGUGCUAUUCCAUUUAAAGUAAAAUUAGGGGGAAGGAACACUUUUUUUGGUUAAAAGUCUUUGGUCAUGUGUGCUUUAAUAUGGCAAUGAUGGAUCAAAUGCUUGCCAAAUUUCUCAAAAAACAAUCAUAGUUUGUGGAGUAUUUUAAAAGUUUAUACCUUCCCUUUUAUAAUUUUUCCUAAUGAAAUAGCACAUAAAGACGAAAGAAAUCUUACCAAGAGAACAAGUUGCCUAGAGUUUAAGUCUUAGUUGUAUUUUUAUAAGUCAUAUGUAGUAUUUCUAGUUUUUAUUUCAUUCUUGGCACAAAAGGAUAUAUCAGUAGGGUAUAGAGGAUCAUCUUGUUAUACAUUUCUGUCCUUAUUUUGGAGUUAAUAUCGAUAAAAAUGAAAAGUGGUUUCAACUGGGAUCUAUAGCACACAAACUCUGAAAAGAAAAGUUUAGAUGUUUUGUGUUGUUAAGAUGCUGUUUUUAUAAUGUGUACUAAAAUAUCCCUUUGUUCUUUUUAAAGUAUGAUAUAUAUUUGAUUUCCCUUUUAAUGAAAUAUGAAAUGGAUAAAAUAAUUUCUCUCCAGAUUACUUUAAAUUGAAUAAUUCUGCAGCAUAUAAGAAUGUUUUUUUCUGCUGUUUGGUUAGAUUGUUGUCUCUUGAACUCGUUCCUAAUUUUAAUUACUAUUUUAUUCCUUAUCCUGUAAUGUUCAUUGACCUUAUAAAUGUAUUAUUUAACAUGACUGUGUAUUUUUCAUUUUUUUUUACUUAUCUAGAUUUGUAAGCUCUUGUCUGUGAUAUAUUUUUUAUGCAUUAGAUGAUUGUACAUGUAUGUUUAAUUGUGAAUUUUAUGUUUUAAUUGGAUGUACUUAUACAGUCAUUGGACACAAGUGAGUUCCCAGUCCAAAAAAGUCCUAUCAUUUCAACUAAAAUCGAUAAUUUUCAAAAAAUUAUUACGAAGUAACUGUAUGAGCGAUUUUCUAAAUAUAGAUACCAAAAGAUGUAGAAAUAUCUGAAGUUUUAUUGUUUAUUUGGUUAUAACAUUAUUCAUGCAUGCUCAUUUUAAUUUUCUGACGAGAUAAACACAAUGAAAAAAACUUGAAAGGUUUGCUAUCAUUCUAACCAAAUUAAAUUCGUAAAAAUUUGCAUUUGAGUUUAACUUAUCAGAUGAUGAAAACAAAACUCAAGAAAAUUAUGACUGAAUAAACAAUAAAAUUUCAGACUUUUUUACAUCUCUUGGUAUCUAAUUUAUAAAAAUCGCUCAUACAUUUAGUUGGUAAUAUUUUUUUGAAAAAUAUCGAUUUUGGUUGAAAUGAUAGGACAUUUUUUGAGUGGGAACUCACUUUUGUCCCAUGACUGUAUGUAUACUAUUUUUAGAAAUAAGUUUAAUCUGUUGUCAGAAUGUGAUGAAAAUGCCAUGUAUUUUAUAAGGAAAAUACUAAACUCAUAAAUAUAAAAGGAUUUAUAAUAUGUAACAAAUUCAUUUUACCAGGAGAAAUUAAAUAUUGAUUUACAAAGCACUAAACACAAUAUUAAAAAGAUCAAAAGAAGAAAAGGGUACUAAGUGCUAAUCAAAUUAUUAAUCAAAGAAAUUUAGACAACCAUGACUUUAAAAUGACAUAAAAACAUCAAACUACAAAAUAGUUUAAGCAAUACAAAUCCUACCAAAAUGGGGUAAACUUGGGGGUACUUGUUGAAGACCAUACAUUGACCUGUAAUGGUUUACUUUUAUACAUUAUUACUUGGAUGUAGAGUUGUCUGAUUGGAACUCAUACCACAUCUUCCUAUAUCUAUAAACCAGUACUUACUCCAAUGGUGGCAGUCACUCACUACAAGCAAAAUUUGAAAGCCUUAUUAAAGAUGAACUAACAUUAACCCAACCAAAAACAUUGAGGUAAAUUCAGAGGUUUAGGAGGACCAGUGCACUCUACUCUUCUAGUAGCAUUUUUCAGUCACAUAUUACAAUAAAAUAUCUCAAAUGAGACAAGACUUAUUUUUCUAACAUUACUUGAACAAUAACAUGUUGGAUUUUGAAUAGUAUUUAAAUGAAAUAAAAUGCAUAUUUUUUUGAGAACUAGCUAGUGUUUGAUGAUUUGUUUAUGUUUUAUAUUUGCUUCACAGAUUGAGCAGAACUUGCAAUAUGUAAAUGUGUUCAUAUAUGUAAUAGAGUUAGUUCCAUGAUACUCAACUUUUAAAAUGCUGCUCUGAAAUAAACUGUUUGCAAAUUGUUUAAAACUUUUUGUUUAUUUUAGCUAAUUAAAGAUGUGAAGAUAGA